CCGAGGGACUCGGCGGAGCGGAAGUCAGUGAGUGAGACGACGGCGGCGGCGGUGGCGAGAGGAUGAACAACAAGUUCGACGCAUGAGGAAACUGAGGCUCAGAGAGGGAAAAGGACUUGCCGAAGACAUUAAUGAGACCCAAACUCAGAUCUCCUGACUGGUAUCCUGGCUUCCUUCUUUCCAGCUUGAAGGAUGAUGACAGUGGGGACCAUGACCAGAAUGAAGAAAACAGCGCACAGAAAGACGGUGAGAAGGAAAAAAGUGAGCGAGACAAAAGUCAGAGCAGCAACAAGAGGAAGGCUGUCGUCCCUGGGCCUUCAGAACACCCACUGCAGUACAACUACACUUUCUGGUACUCCCGGAGGACACCGGGCCGGCCGACCAGCUCGCAGAGCUACGAGCAAAACAUUAAACAGAUCGGCACAUUCGCCUCCGUCGAGCAGUUCUGGAGGUUUUAUAGCCACAUGGUACGUCCUGGGGACCUGACAGGCCAUAGUGACUUCCAUCUCUUCAAAGAGGGGAUCAAGCCCAUGUGGGAGGAUGAUGCAAAUAAAAAUGGUGGCAAAUGGAUUAUUCGACUCCGCAAGGGCUUAGCAUCCCGCUGCUGGGAGAAUCUCAUACUUGCCAUGUUGGGGGAACAGUUCAUGGUGGGCGAGGAGAUCUGUGGGGCAGUUGUCUCUGUCCGUUUCCAGGAGGACAUUAUUUCGAUAUGGAACAAGACUGCCAGUGACCAAGCAACCACAGCCCGUAUCCGGGACACGCUACGUCGAGUGCUUAACCUACCUCCCAACACCAUAAUGGAAUACAAAACACACACCGACAGCAUCAAGGCCUGGGAGGAGUUUCAUGGCCUGGUGAACAGCAGCGGCCGCUGAUCGGACGCUUCCCCUCUCUGUCUCUCACACCCAGGGGACAAUUCAAGUUUUCGAAAUACAAAAAUCACAUUGUGAAAGUACCCAAGCUGGCAAUAAUCCUUUUCUGUAUGUGUGUGUCUGUCUGUCUGAAACGGACGGGAGGCCUCCAGCAGCUCCCUCCGUCUGCUCACUGAAGGGACAUCCCCGAUCCAUGGGCUCCCCCUUUGCACUCAUCCCGAGGAAGGAUUCCACUAGACGCCCUCCGGCAUCGCUGACUUUAUAAAGCAGAAAGACAGAAAAGAUGACUUUGUAAUAGACAGACUUUUUUUUACCAAUGGGGUUCUGGGGAGAGUCGAACCUUUCAUUUGCUGUGUGUGCCGUUGUCCACAUGCCUUCUGGGCCCUCUCUUGCUCUCGUUACACUUCACAAAGGGUAUUGUGAACACACGUAUGUGCCAGAGCUGUUAACAGCGAGUUUAUCAGUAUUAUGAAUGUCUGUGCAACUGGGAAGAAUUUCUGUUGGAGAGAGUCACCAUGCUUAUCUGUAAGUGCUCCUUUCUGGCGCUGCCUUUAAAUUACUGGGACGUUUUUGGUUUUUUCUCCCCCACUCUCCCUCAUCCUCACCUCUGUCCUCUAAACGUGUCAAUGAUAUGUUGGUGACUGUCCAGGGCUCCGUAUGGCCUCCUUCCAGCCUCCCGUCCUUCCCUUUCUCUUCCCGAGGACGCUUCCUUUCUUCCUCAGCAUGGCUGUGCAAAGCACAGCCUCUGACAUGAUGUCUGCUCCCGUUUUGCAGAGGUGCAGGGCCCCUCUACUGGGGAACCAGGCCCCAUCUUGAGCUCUGCCUGUCGGGCUUCCCUGGGGGUAGGGCAUGAGACCCAGAGAGAGAGAGAGAGAGAGGCCUGUAUCUGAGGGCUGGCUGCCCCCUCGUUGAGCCAGAAAGGUGAGGGAGAGGACUUUGGGAGGCCAGAUCUGGCUGCAUUUUAAGAUGUGCCAUGGGAGGAUCCCGGACAUCGGAGGUGACACGUUGGCCGUUGUUGAUGACUGUCUCGCCUUUCCUGCCUGUUUGCAGCUGGCCAGGAGAGCUCCUUCCCGGCAGUCCUCUGUGCUUGGUGCCCACUCUGGUAAAUACCUGCUGGUCUACUCGAUACCCAGAUGAAACCCUUGAAAGCUUUGGUCAUCAAGCAUUAAGACAGACCAGAUCCUUGGUCUGAGAAGUUUGAGUGACCUCUCAACUCCAGAAGGACUGAAUUAGGAAAAGUAGAAUGAGUCCCCAAGGCCCAAAUAAGGGCUUGGCUUAGGACCCUACAGCAGCCUUCCAGUUACACUGAUCCACUUAGCUCUUGGGAGCAAAGAUUAGCAGUGCCUUAAAACGAGGGCCUCUCUUUAAAGCAUCAUCUAAGCUAGGGUUGGCUGGGGCAAGGUAGGGACCCUUAACCAACUAGGCUUAGAGGAAACCUAGGAGAGUGACAGGCAUUUCCCUAUUGGGCUUAGGAUCAUUUCUUCCUCUCCAGCACCCCAGUCACCACUGGUUUGGGGAUACUUUCAUUUUAUUAUUUUUUUAAAUCAUUCUAAAAGUUUUCAUUAGAACAAAUGGAAAAACAAAUAGAGAACGUGUGUGUAUAUGUGUAUGUGUGGUACAUUUCCAUUCUUGGCAAAAUCAGGUGUGCCUAAGGAAAUUUAGGAAUGAUUCAAACUUCAGAAGCAGGGAACAUGGAUCCUAGCACCGAGCCAGAUGAGCAUGACAGGCAAAGCCAGGAACAUGACUUUGGAGAGCACGAGGAGAGCUUCCCCUUGACACUUGUGCCCCCUCCAAGGGAAACAGCUUUGCUCUUGCCUAGGCACGGUUAGAUUUGCCAUGGAAAUGCCAAAGAGGGCAAAUCUGGGGAGAUCUGCUCUCUUUGGGGCAUUCACCUGUGUGUGUGUUGGGUGUAUGCUCACGUAUGUGGAUGUAUCCGUAGAGUUGGAUCUUUUCAGGUCAUGUAUUUGUGGGGUUUUUUUGUCCAUGUUCCUUUUAACUCUCAUUUGCUGUUCAGACUCUUGAACCACUGAUAUUUUCCGGAGCUGCUCAUGUUUUCCCCCCUCACUCCUCCCCACUUGCAGUAUUUAAGAUAUCUCCUAACCAAAAUAUACAUAUACAUACACAUGGACACAGUAUUGACUAGAACAAUUUAUUACCCUUUUUAGAUAACAGUCAACUCCCAAUGUUUCUUUGUCCUGGCUGUCCAACACCUUUUCUUGGAAGAGCUGUGCUCUUGGCUCCAUCCAACCCUCUGGUGUUGCAGACAGAGAGCUGAGGUAUGUCUUUCACUGGAGCCAGCUUCUAUGCAGUGAGAUGUGGCAUGGUUAUAGGUCUGCCAGGGCCAGCCUCAUGAGCAGGGACUAAUUUUAGUCAUUCCCCGCCCCCCCCCCCCCGCCCCUUCCUGUCUUCCUGCUGGGGAUAGACGAGCUGUCUGCACCUGGCACACGUGCUGCUCCAUUGUCCCUCUGGGGUUUUCUUUUUGAGGCACCCUUUCUCCCUCCCGACUUUUUUAUCCUUCAGUUUUUGGGGGUGUGUUAUUCCUGUGAAACCAGAAACGGCCAUUGUUUCUUACCCAGAGUGAAGCAUAUGGUUCAUGUUGUUCCCAGAAAGGGCUUGCUGGCUGUUACUAGUGGAGAAUUAGGAGAGGCCACAGUAAGAGUGAGUGUCGCACCUUCAGAGCAUUUGUCUGCUACGAUAAUAAAUGGAAAAAUGGGCAAGAACAAGAUUGUGGACUCGUUAAUGUGGGAGGGGAAUUCGCGGGGGCUUCCCUGUCCCUUUAGGGUAAUACGGCCUUGGACAAACUGAUCCAGGAGGCCUAGCACUAUACGGAAGUGUCUAGUGUGAACUCUUCCUAAUAGCUGGGUUUUACUAUUUGGUGACUACACCGGUUAGUUAGCUCUGUUGGAACUAGUCCUUGCCCAAAGACACAGCCUACAAAGAAUUGGUAGCACAGGUGCACUGAUGGGGAGCUCCUGGAUUUCUUCUGCUGGUGGAAUCCUGGCUCGUUCUGGUUCUCUUGAUAUGUGCCCAAGGUGGUGGUGAUGGUCAUGCCACUUCCCACUUGGGUGGCAUAUGAUGUGCUGUGAUGGGGCCAGAAGGUGGAGGAAGGCAGUCAUUUCCCAGACUGAGAAGGAAUUGGAGAGUGUAUUCUCUUGAGGCAAGGGCAUAAAGACCAGGGCUAGAGAGGAACAGGAACCUAACAUCGGAGCAGAGAGAGGAGAAAGCAGAGAAGAGCAUUGCUUUUGAGUCACUUCCAGUCGAGAUAUGAGCAGUCUGGUGAUGCCCUGGGCAGGAGUCCGUGAUGUGCCCACUGCUGAGUCUUGGUUAGGCUCUGUAGAAACACAUUUUGUUUGGAGUGCAGUCUGCAGAAAAGACAAGGAGGAGAAGCAAUGCUCCCCCACCCAAGUGAGCUUUUUCAGGGUCCAUUUUCUCAGGUUUACAAUGGUCCCAGGUUCCCAGGUCUUCCUUAUGCUUGGGUUUUCACUGUACCCAUCAACCUAGAAUCCAUGACUCCCUGGCAGUAUACCUUCCUGUUUGGUGCAAAACCCUCUACCAGGCAGUUCCAUUUGCCCUGUCCCAGAAGGACUCUCCCGAUAGGGGGAGUUUGUAAUAGCUCCCAUUGCUUUUAUCUCUUCCUCUUCUGUAGCACUGUGUGGUUUACCAUGGGCACUCCUUACAAGGACUCUGAGGCUGGUAGUAGUAGUAACCCACUUUUGUUGAUCAAAUAUCCAGUGUAAGAGCCCUGGAACACUCCACUGAAGGCCACCCAGAUGACACAGACAGAGUCAGUAUUUGAACUCAGGUCCUCUGACUCCAAAUCUGGGGCUCUUUCCUUUAAAGUGGCUUGUUCAAGGUCACAGCUGUUAGGUAUCCAGAACUCCAACCCAGCUUCAAAGAAAAGAUCUUUUAGAACAGAGUUUUCAGACAUGCAGCCCUCCCACCGUCCCCCACACUCCUGAGUGCUCCUGAACCAGAU